CCUGGCGCUACAGGAGUUAACACAGGGGUGCACCUCACCAGUGGGAGCGGAUGAUGCGGUGUGAUGGCCUACCGGACCCGACCAGCGUCCCGGAGAUGAACCGGUAUCUGAGCCUUUGGAGGGCAGACCUGGACACCGGUACCCUCCAGGGGGCGCUCGCCAAGACCGACCAGGUCAUCCACGUGAUUUCUGAGCUCGAGGGUGUGAUGGAGGAGACGAAGGAGGCCACGGAGAAGCAACUUCGGGAUUGGAGGGAGAUCUGGCUGGAACUGCAGGAGGCGCAGAAGGAGAAACUGAACGAGGCUACGUACCACCAGCUGCUGGACCUGCGACCUCACCUCGACCAUGAGACAAUGGUGUACUCGUUCUUCACCUCCUCUCCGCUGGUGUCUCUGGCUCUCUGGAGUAACACGACCAGGUCCCCCAAGAACAACUCCCACGAGGUGAAGGAGUUGGGGUUCACCUUCACACUACCAGCGGACCUAGUGGAGGCGGACUGCGUGGUCCGGGUCAUGAGGACAGAGUAUGACCACUAUUCCAAGUUCGCGCGAACGUUCAACCCCCCGUUGGUGCAGGAGAAGGAUAUUACUCUGCUGGAGGAUGGAGGAGAGGAGGAGGAAGCUACUCCAGAGGAACAACCUCCGCCCAAAGAGACCGCUGGGUCCAGCAAGCCUGAGGGAGACGGCAAAGAGAAAAUGGGGGCGCCGCCUGUGGUGGUGAAGAGACAGAAGCCACCCCACCUGACGGAGACGGCGCCAGGUGAACUGAACCUUCGGCGGUACCGCAUCCAGGGCGGCGUGUACACCAUCGACCUGCUGGAGGUACCACCUCAGCCCAGGGUCAUCGCUGACUGUACCAUCACACAAGGUCAGUACCCACCUGGUUAUUGUCCAGGGGUCAGUACCCACCUGGUUAUUGUCCAGGGGUCAGUACCCAGCUGGUUGCUGUCCAGGGGUCAGUACCCAGCUGGUUACCGUCCAAGGUCAGCAUAUUAAUUCGAGUUCUGACUUAAUUAUUU